CCUGUGUGUUGGCGGCGCCGGGGCUCGCGGGAGCUGCUUGGAGGCUCGGCCCGGGAGGAGGCCGCGGCCACGCUUCCUGGAGACUACCACAGGACUGCUUUGGAGAAUCAUGAAGUCACACUAUGUUGUGCUAACUCUAGCCUGCCUGGUGCUCCUGGCGCGUCUCCCUGUGUCACAGAGCUGUAACAAAGCACUCUGUGCAAGCGAUGUGAGCAAAUGCCUCAUUCAGGAGCUCUGCCAGUGCCGGCCUGGAGAAGGAAACUGCCCCUGCUGUAAGGAGUGCAUGCUGUGCCUCGGGGCCCUGUGGGACGAGUGUUGCGAUUGUGUCGGUAUGUGUAACCCUCGCAAUUACAGCGACACACCACCCACUUCGAAGAGCACAGUGGAGGAGCUGCAUGAGCCCAUCCCAUCCCUGUUCCGGGCACUCACCGAGGGAGACACCCAGCUCAACUGGAACAUCGUCUCCUUCCCUGUGGCAGAGGAGCUUUCGCACCACGAGAACCUGGUUUCAUUUCUAGAAACUGUGAACCAGCCGCACCACCAAAAUGUGUCUGUUCCCAGCAACAACGUCCACACCCCUUAUCCCAGCGACAAAGAGCACAUGUGCACUGUGGUUUAUUUUGAUGACUGCAUGUCCAUACACCAGUGUAAAAUAUCCUGUGAGUCCAUGGGAGCAUCCAAAUAUCGCUGGUUUCAUAAUGCCUGCUGUGAGUGCAUCGGCCCGGAGUGCAUCGACUAUGGGAGCAAAACUGUCAAGUGUAUGAACUGCAUGUUUUAAAGAAGGAGAAGAAAUGCGAACCAAAGCAAGUUACUAGUUAAUAGGAGGUCAUGAGCAUUAGUAAGCCAUGAAGUGUACAGAAGUCAUGCUAGGGACAUGUUAAAUUAUACUCUAUAACUGUGCUUUCUGUUUGUUGCCUAUUAGCAUAUGUCUUUUCCGUUAGAUACGGUAGAACUUUAGUCAUAUGAAAAUCGGUUCAGAGGAGUCCUAGAAAGCUCUGAAGUUCUGACAGAAGGUGCUGUCUUCUCUCAGCAUUCCAAAAGCUUUUUGUUUGAAAGUGAUAGCCCCAGACUGUCACUUGUGGCUUUUCACCGCCUAGGACACCAGGUGGCUAUAAUAGCGAUGCCUUUCGUAACGGCACCUUGGGUUGAUUAUCUGUUCUCUAUAAAUAGAGUAAAUAUUGCAGUUUAUGUUCUGACAACUCACAUUCAAGCCACUGUAAAAGCUUAAUUUCAAGGCAUUUUACAUUGGUUUUAGAAAGUAAAUCUUUAUUCUAUUUUACAAAAGAAAACCUUUACCUAGAACCAGCAGGCCAGCUCGGUAGAUAAAGGUGCUUGCGACCAAGCCUGGUGACCUGAGUUUAAUCCCCAGACUAUAGGGAAGAACCAGCUCCUGCAGGUUGUCCUCUGACCUCCAUGCACACAAAGAAGUCAGUGUUUAAAGAAACUUUAAAACCUCUUCAUGGUGAAAUCUGUCCUCUCGCACCCUUGCUGACAGUGAUUCAGGCGUUACCUUCCACUCCUCCACCCACAGUGCUGAUGCUGUAGGGAUAUGGAGAUGUGCAGAGUCAUCACUGUUCCUCAGUGUACCUGGUGUACACACCCCCACCAGGAGGUGCACGGCACACCUUUGACACUCCAUCAGAUGCACUGGGAGGGUCUGGGGAAAGAGCGGCAGGGCUGCUGCCAGGCCAGGCUGCCACCACGCCAGGCCCCACAGAGCACCAGGUGGUGGCUGUGCUUUUCCAGGUGCACAGCACAGCCCUGAAGAAGUGCCAGGCUCUCCAGCAUGUGUGUGAUUGGAGAGGGCUGAGGAAGAGCUCACAGAGUGAACGGAGAAGGGUGAAAAUGUUGGGCGCUCUUAGCAGGAUCCGUUUAUGCUCACUAUUUUUGUUACUUUGUAAUACUGCAUUUGUUUCUGGAUAUCUGAAUCUAACAUUCUUAUUAAAUAAGUAUCCUAUUUUGGGAAGCUGUGUUUCUGAAAUUGGAGGGGAAACCUGUUUAAUAUGUUUACUCCUAGCACACUACAGAAUUAUCUAGUUAGCUUCUUACAUAGUGUUUCCACGGAGACAAGCUUAAACACUAUUUGUGCUUCGCAGUAACAGGAUCCUCACCUUCAAGCAUGGACCUAAAACAAAUAUUUAUAAUAUGCUGACUCAAUUUUAUAAAUUGCUAUUUUCUCUAGUGCACAUUUGAAUUAAAAGUAACUUUUUAGAAAUACUCUAUAUGUCUACAUAUUUUAGUGCAUAAAAUAGAAUAUGCUCUUAAACACAUUUUGUUUUCUUAUUUAAAUAGUAGUUACAAGAUCAUUUGUGAUAAAAUGGCUAUCCAUUAUAAAAUCCGUGCUCUUUCUGAUAGCUGACGAAUACUCUAGGUACUACGGCCUUCGCAGAGGCUGACUUCGAGCAUGGAUGUAUUUGAUUGUUGAACAACAAGGUAUCCUCUCUUAUUUUCAUAGUGCCUCUCUUUCAAAGUGCCUUGGAAACAUUUCAGCUUCCUUCUUAGCCCCCACAUGGCUGCAGGUUUUCUUGAAAUCAGGAGGGAGUUUGGAAAGACUGCAGCUAGCUGCUCCAUUUUAGCUUGCUAAUUUUCAAGAAAUUUCAUACCUAUGAAUGGAAGAAUGCUUUGAUGGUUUCUGGAAGUAUGUCUCAUGUUUUCUUUUUAUUUGUUUGUUGUUGUUGUUGCUGUCAUUGUAUUGUUUGGUUUUAUUUUGUUUUGAGACAGGCCUGGCCACCCUGAAAUUUGCAGAGCAGGAUGACUAGCCUCACUCAUGUUUUCUUAGUGAUGGCCAUAAUCAUUGUUAAAAUAUGUCAUCAUCUUUUUAAGCUUUCAUUAUUAAAAUUUUAAAUGUAGUGUGUAUUUUUUAUCCUAUACAUUUCUUUAUGGAUAAUUUCUUAAACUGUUUGCUCUGGGGUUUUUUGUUUGUUUGUUUGUUUUUUGCUCUGUUUUUCCCAUUAGAAAUUAUCCCCACUUAGAUGAAUUUUGUAUUCAUAUUUUGUGUAUUUCUGCCAAGGCCUUGAGGAGGAAGCAGCAUUCACCUGCUGGGUUUUACUCUCAGAGCUAGGGGUUCUGUGCACACUUGUGGUCCCAGUACUUGAGAGGCUGAACAAGGAGGUUACAGGAGCAAGACCAGCCUAAAAUACAUAGCAAGACACUGCCUCAAAAAAGAAAAAAAGAAAAUCCCUUUUUAGUCCUGUACUCAAUAUUUUGAGUAGUGGUUUUGGUUUUUGUUUUUCUAAACUGAAAUUAAACAUUUAAGAAGUUAGUAGCCUCACUAAAUUUAGACCUUCUGUACCAUUCUAGCAUACUUACUCCCUUACUGAAGAUUUUGUAAUAGUUUAUGGUUUCUAUUUAAAAAAAUGAUAAGGGAGGGGGCUACAGCUGGGAUAAAAAAUGAAUAAACUGUAAUUAAUACAAAAAAUAAAGAUUUCAUUAAAAAAAUAAUGUUGUCCUAAUAGCCAGGUCAAAACCCACUAGAUUUUAAGGGCUGAGGCUGGGGCCUGCUGCUGGAGCUGUGCUGUCAGAAGCACAGCCCAGGUUUCACCCUGAGUACCAACAGGAGGCAAGCACUAGACUCUGAAUCAGAGGGCAUCAUUAAAUUCAUGUGCACACUUUCCUGUAGCAGAGUGUGGGCUUGUGAGCAGCUUGUCCUCUCAUUUUCUCCAUAACAUCUAAUCAGGACUGUAGGGAUAUCCGUAAUGAAAGCACAAAAGCGAACAGGGAUUGGAGUAAAAUGUAGUGUUUGUUUACACAGGAUGUUAUGAAAGGGUUCUUCACACCAAAGUGUAACUUUAAAGUUUCAGAAAAUAACAUUGUCAUUAGCAUAUUUGAACAAGUAUUUGUAAAUCAACACAGCAUCAAAAUAGAGAAAAGAAACUAAUGCGUCUCUGGAAAAUGAUGUGCUGAGAAUUGACCACAGUUUAAAGGUUUAUACUUGGAAAGAGUCUCUAAAGACUUUAAAUACCUUUGUACAUUCCCAAGACUCUAUGUUUAUUGCAUUUAACAUGACCUACAAUAUACAUAAUUGUGUAUCUUUGUUGGUUGUCUCUGUAAUCAAAAAAGUAUUUUAAUAAAAAAUAGAAAUGAA